GGCGAGGAGCACCGGGCACCGCUGCGCUGUCCUGCGGGGACCGAGCGGGGCCGGGCUGUGCCGAACCGGGCCGGGACUGCGGGGCCGAGCCGGGCCGGUCGGUCCCGAGCGGGGCGGGCACUGCCCGCGGUGCUGAGCGGGGCCGGGCGCUGUCCGCGGUGCUGCAGGGGCGGCCCUGCCCGGUGCCCCCCGAUCCCCCCCGGCCAUGGGGUCCUACACCGCCGGCCCGGGGGGGGACGGAUACAACGAGGCGCUGCUGCACAAGACAAUCCUGGUUGGAGACAGCGGCGUGGGGAAGACGUCUCUGCUGGUCCAGUUUGACCAGGGCAAGUUCAUUCCUGGCUCCUUCUCCGCCACCGUGGGCAUUGGGUUUACGGUGAUGUUACUUGGAGACUCGGGCGUGGGGAAAACCUGCUUCCUGCUCCAGUUCAAAGACGGGGCCUUUCUCUCCGGGACGUUCAUAGCCACCGUGGGCAUAGAUUUCCGGAACAAAGUGGUGGCCGUGGAUGGUGUGAAGGUGAAGUUACAGAUCUGGGACACGGCAGGACAGGAGCGGUUCCGCAGCGUCACCCACGCCUACUACAGGGAUGCCCAAGCCCUGCUCCUGCUCUACGAUAUCACCAGCAAGAUGUCCUUUGACAACAUCCGCGCCUGGCUGACGGAGAUCCACGAGUACGCACAGAAGGACGUGGUCAUCAUGCUGCUGGGCAACAAGGCUGAUGUGAGCAGCGAGAGGGCUGUGAGGACAGAGGAUGGAGCAUCGCUGGCCAGGGAAUAUGGGGUGCCUUUCAUGGAGACAAGCGCCAAGACAGGCAUGAACGUGGAGCUGGCCUUCCUGGCCAUUGCCAAGGAGCUGAAGCAGCGCGCGAUGCAGCCGCUGGAUGAGCCCCGAUUCCAGAUCCACGAUUAUAUCGAGUCACAGAAGAAGAAAUCCAGCUGCUGUGUCUUCUCCUGAGGGCAGCCGGGAGGAGCCAGCAACCCUGGGGGCACAGGCAGGAGACAGAGAGGGGCCUGAUCCUGCCCUCGAGUGCCCGAGGGAACCAGGCUCUAACAAGCCAAGGUGGAUGGGACAAUACAGCGGAGCAGAGAGUGCACGAGGAGGGCCCUCACCCCAGUUCCAGGAUCCAGGGGCCAGAUCCUUCUGCCCCGUGAAACAACGCCUGGAGCUUGCUGUGUGCCACUGUGGGAAUCACUGUGGUGUGGUGACUGCCAGCCUGGCCAGUGAGCCACAGCGAUGCCUCCAUCACCCAGGACACAGCCACACACCUCACUGAGGGACACCUGGAGCGGCUGGAGGGGCAGUGCGUGUGCCAUGGAUGAGCCCCCCGCAGCCCCCAGCCCUCUCCUCCCUUGCAGCCAUCCCUGCUCUUGGUUCUGCUCUUGUCCGACUGGAAGGGCCUGAUCCAGCCCCUGUGUCCCUGGUGCUGCCAGGCUCUGGCUUCCCUCCAGGGAUCCUCAGCUCUGCCCCCGGGGCUGCCCCACGCCCCAACGCUCACAUUGGGCUGUGGCUCCUCUCUGCUGCAGUUGCUGCCAUUGGCUUUUAUCCUCAUGCCACCAUGAGGGCAGUGAUAUCCUCAUUGUAUCCUGGCUCUGCUUGAGGGAAGGGCUGGGAUGGGGAAGGGUCCAGCCAAACCUGCUCCCUGCCCAUACAACUGUGAUAAGAAAUAAAACUCCCCUGGGAGCACCCAAGCGAUGUUUGGGGCAUUUCUAGUACACACAGCAAUGUGGAAACAACUUUUUUUUUCCCCAUCUUGUAGUCACGGGAAUUAGAGGAAUUCUUUUUUUUUUUAAGAAAAGCCUUUUAAUUUUCAAUCCCUCCAGACUAAAUCAUCUCCAGCCUCAUGCAGGAGAUGCUCACUGUGGCCUGGAGUGAUGCUCCAGCCCUGCUGGC